AUUCAACCAGGAAUCCGAGGCAUUCUUGUUUUGAGAUCAUGGCGACCACGAUCGAUCGACCUUUUCGUCAUAAAUGCCUAGAAGCUAGAUAUUAGUUUUUCAAAUAGAUUUCUACUACGAAUAAGAUUAUGAAUCGUUGGGCAAAGAUGUUGCAAGAAUACUUUUAAGAAUAACUUUGACCUACUGCGAAUGACGAAAUUAUAGACCUCCGUAGGUGAGAAGAUCUUGGGCGACAGGUUAACAAUUUUCGUUUCGCAGCUGCUACCGAUGGAGAAAAACAUUGAGAAAGCGCCACCGUACAUCAAACCGAAGAACAAAAGAUUGUCCAUAAGAAGAGUGAAAGACAGAAGGUAUUCGUCACAUAAUAUCGAUGGGGAACUUCCCGAUAGUGCUAUUCCGAGAGAUGUUCAGCGGAAGCUGCGAGGAUUAUUUUCAGAAAUCGAGAGAGAAUUUGAAAAAGUUUGCAUCGAAAAUGCUGAACUUCAAGCCAAAAUUGAAGUUGUUACUGCAAAGUACAAAGCAUUUCAAAGUGGAGAUAAGUCUGAUCCUGGUGCAGAUAUCUUGCAAGACACAACAGCUGCUGUAAGGUCUGCUAAUAAAAAACCAUCUGCUGGACAGUUAAUGUCUCAAAAGCUGAAAACAACAUAUAAAGUUUCUACAAGCAAGAUUGUAUCUAGUUUAAAGAUACCAAAUCAGGCCAUAAAUUUGGAAUGCCACCAAAUUCAUGAGUUUUGUGGACAUAAAGAUGGUAUAUGGGAAGUUACAUGCUCAAGGCCAAAUCUGCAACUUAUUGCAACAGCAUCAGCAGACCGCACUGCACGGGUUUGGCAUAUCGAAAGCGGGCAAUGCCUCACACAGUAUCAUGGUCACAACGGAUCAGUCAAUUCCGUACGUUUUCACCCCACUGAUCAGCUUAUUUGUUCAGGGGCUGGAGACACCACAUGUCAUAUAUGGAAGCCAAGUUUAUCGUUUACCGACUUCAGAAGUAAAUCACCAUCAACAUUAGAUUCUCCUAGUAGCUCUCGUCCUGGUUCUGGAGACGAUGAACAAGAUGAGGAUCUAGAAGCACCUGAUGGUCAGCAUACAUAUAAAAUGCGAGCUCCUCUUUUAGAGCUGAGUGGGCACGAAGGACCAGUCGUUUCGGCCGAUUGGUGGGCAAAUGGCAAACAAAUUGUCACAGCAUCCUGGGACAGAACGAUUAAGUUGUGGGACGCUGAAAGUGCCAGAGUCGUACACACAUUGGAAGGCCACGAAAAUGAACUCACCCAUGCUUGCACCCAUGCAGUUCACAAGCUCAUCGUCUCCUCCUCACGGGACACAACCUUUCGCCUUUGGGAUUUCAGACUACCAACCAUGCAUUCAGUCAAUGUUUUUCAAGGACAUUCAGACACGGUCACAUCAGCUGUCUUUACAAACAAAGCAGAACAUGUAGUAAGCGGAAGUGAUGAUAGAACGGUCAAGGUCUGGGACCUAAAGAACAUGAGAGCACCGUUGGCGACAAUUAAUUUGGAUUCGGCAGUUAACAGACUAUCAAUUUCUCCAAUACAAAAUGUCAUUGCAAUACCUCAAGACAAUAGACAGGUUCGGCUGUUCGAUUUGAAUGGCAAUAGACUAGCAAGAUUACCCAGAAGGCAUCGGCAGGGUCAUCGACGCAUGGUGUGCUCAGCCUGUUGGUAUGAUGACAGCAAUUCUAAAAACAUUAGCCUCGUCACUGCAGGAUUCGACAAACGAGCUCUUGGAUGGAGUAUUACUUUUUAGUAAAUUCUUUGGAAUUUUUUCAAUAACGUAUUUUAUUUAAUUGCUGAUCCUUUUGCGUUUUCAACUGGUACUUAUUAAAACCUUACAAUAACUAGCUAACACUUGGUGUAAUUUGCUUUCAGUCUUAAAUCUGAGAAAAGUUGUUAACUAUGUUUUUUAAAUUAGUAUUCGCAUAGAGUGAACUAUUCGGAUAUCAAUGUCUAGAUACUAAACACAUGAAGCAUAAAGAAAACAUGAAACACAUCAAACAUAAAGUAAACUUUUUCUCAUAAUUGAAAUUCGAGCAGCAAAAUUAUUGAUGAUCAUCGUGGCUGCAAAAGUUCAUUUUAGUCUAUCCUCUUUACUUUUAGGAGCUAUUAAUUGUUC